CCCGCCGCGCCCGCCAUGGCCCUCGCCCGGCUGCCCCUGGUGCUGCUCUGCCUGCUGGGGGCGGCGGCGCCAGGACCCCCCCGGGAGCCCGCCGUGCUGGAGCUGGGGACGCUCCUGUCUUCCAGCCGCCCAGGCGCUCUGCCCCGCCGCUCGGUGGAUGUCCUGUUAAAUAUCGCCGCGGCCCGGGUGCAGUGCCCCGCAGGGCCGUGUGGAAAGUGCAUCUCUGCCCCACACAUCUUUGAACUGGUGGGAAAGACAGCUUCUGAGGGGGCCAACCUCACAUCCCUGGAGCUGGUGCCCUUCUCUGCCGGGCUGGUGUUCUACUUCUCUGACCCCCUGGCAGCCUGCCAGGCGGUGACUGACAGACGUUGGGCGACCGAGGUCCGUGCUUUCCAAGCCAGGUUCUUCGGUGGAAACCCCACGACCGGACCCACCCCAGAGAAAGUGGCACUGCAGAUGCAGCUCAUCCACAGAAACAUCAAGGCUGCCAAAAAAGAGGAGCCCUGCGUAGAAGUGGACCAGAUCCUUGAAAACAGCACGUCCGUUUCCCACCAGGCAGCAUCGGAUCCAGCUGGGCAGGUGCUGGCGGUUCUCUCCUACCACGUGUUACAAGGAAGCUGCUUCCAUGCGCUCCCUCAUCAGGACUAUUUUUUGGACUAUAUUUUUCAGCGCCACAGCAACGAGACUCAGAACCUCACCCUGGCAGGGCUGUCCAAACUAAUGGUACAGUUGGAGGUGGGCCCUAGGGGACAACAUGCAGGCCAUGACCAUGGUGACCAUGACCACAGCGACCACACACAUGGUGACCAUGACCACAGCGACCACACACAUGGUGGACACGCACAUGACCAUGACCAUGGAGACCAUGCACAUGACCAUGACCACGGAGACCACACACAUGGUGGACAUGCACAUGAUCACCAUGACCAUGCACAUGAAAAUACUACGCACGAUCACCCGGAUGGCCAUGAUCAUGGAGACCACAAAGAUCACUCAGACCAUCACCAUGGCAAAGAAACAGGCAAUGAAACAGAUCACCAUGUGGAGCCCCCUGGAAACAGAACUGAAGGUUCUCUGGUGCGCUCAAAACAAAGUCCUUCUGGCUUGGAAGAACAAGAUGUCCACCAGAACAUCUGGGACACGGUCUGCCUGAGUCCUGGCGACAUCUUUAAGAUUUAUGGGAUUGAUGAUGCUGUCGGAAUCACCCGCCCAGAUUUCACCCGCCUGAGCCCAGCUCUGGUGCAGCAGCAGCUCAGCAAAGCCUGCAUGGCCUCCCGGAAUGUCCCAGUAGAAGGGCACCUCACUGUGGCUGAGAAGUACAUCUACGGCUCAUUGGCAACGCUGGUGGUCUGCUUGUGUGCACUGUUUGGCAUUGUGGUUCUGCUCUGCACGGCCUGCACCAGCAUCUACCAGUACGUGAUCCAGACGUUUGUCAGCCUGGCAGUGGGAUCGCUCACCGGGGAUGCCAUGCUGCACCUCAUCCCCAAGUUCUUGGGCCUCCAUUCUCACUCCCAUGAUUUGGGCAACGCCAAUGACCACCAUGGAGCUGAAGGCUAUGACAAACUGUGGAAGCUCCUGGCUGUGCUCGGAGGCCUCUAUCUCUUUUUCCUCCUGGAGAAAUUCUUCACCCUCCUGGGACAUUCACACGAUGAGGGGGCCUCUGAAUCCAGCAAGGGCCACCAGUGUGACCACGGACUGUCCCUGCAGUUAUACCAAGAUGAGAUGAAGAGGAGAAAGCAAGAGAAAGGAGCUUCAAAUGCUGAUCUGGUGUCUGCAGAAGAAACUGAUUUUGGCCGGCAGCUGCAGAAGACGGAACUCAGCCGGGAACUCCGCAUGCUGCCGUACAUGAUCACCAUUGGAGACGCCAUCCACAACUUUGCUGACGGCCUGGCCAUGGGGGCUGCUUUCUCCUCCUCCUGGAAGACAGGGCUGGCCACCUCGCUGGCGGUCCUGUGUCACGAACUGCCCCAUGAGCUAGGAGACUUUGCCGCUCUGCUACAUGCCGGGCUGAGUGUCAAGCGCGCAUUGCUCCUCAACUUUGUAAGUGCCCUCACAGCCUUCCUCGGCCUCUACAUUGCCCUUUCGGUGAGCACCGGGGAGGAAUUUGAAGCGUGGAUUUUCACAGUGGCCACCGGUCUCUUCCUCUACGUGGCCCUGUGUGAUAUGCUUCCAGCCCUGAUGAAUGUGAAGGACAAACGACCUUGGCUACUCUUCGGCUUGCAGAACCUUGGCCUUCUGGGUGGCUGGGCCAUCCUUUUACUGCUCUCAUUGUUUGAGGAGAACAUCACCAUUUAACUGCAGCACUCCUGCGGAUCCGGACCGGCCACACCUUGGCCUCCCUGCAGCCCCCAGCAGAUGUGGCCAAGUCAGGGAUACGCUUCACUGGGAUGGGAGAAAGGGGGUGCGGCACUUGAGGGGCAUAUCAAGAUCCAGGGCUCAGCCUGGCACAAGCUGUCAGCGAAGGCAUUCAGAGAUACCUGCCGGGCUUCACCUGGGCCUCAGCUGUCAAUCUCACCUCUCCACACAUUUACUGUAAUUCCUCAAUUCCAGAAUUGGCUCUCAGACAUGACUUGGCCUGGUAGGGUCCUUAUGGCAGAAAAGAACGAAGCCAGGGCCACAUGGAAGAUCUGUCCACCACAGCAUGCAGAAAUGAAAGCCCUUCUAUAGAGCUUGGCUCCAGGGUUUAAAUUCUAGGCCUUUUUCUCCUGGCCGUCUAAGUCAGUGGAUACUUGGUCGUUCUCUCGAUGGCUUCUCUAACCUGGGAGUCCCUGGUUUCCACCUCACCAGUUUCAUUUCUUACACCAUCACACCCUGAAGGAUGUCCACCCUGUCUUCCCCUUCUAUUUAUUGUAUUUAUUAAAUCUUUUCACCCACA